AUGCCAACCAUCUACAAACUAUAUUCCAGUUUGUGGAACCGAAGAAUCCGGUCAGUGAAGGGUGUCAUGAGCAAGUGUCAAAGGGGAUUCCAAGAGCGGGAGGGCUGCAAUGAAAGCAUUGGAAUCCUAAGAACCGCGAUUGAUGUGGCGAAGGGCAGGAAAAAGAACCUGUCAGUCGCCUGGCUCGACCUUACCAAUGCGUUCGGUUCAGUGCCACACGAACUCAUUGAGCACACUCUGAAAAAGUAUGGGUUCCCAGAAGAAAUUGUCCACGUCAUAAAAGACAUGUACAAUGGGGCAUCCAUCCGAGUAAAGAGUAAAAACGAAAAGAGUAACCAGAUCAAGCUGAAUUCUGGGGUGAAACAAGGAGAUCCUAUUUCACCAACGCUUUUCAACAUGUGUCUAGAAGGUGUCAUCAGAAAACACCUGGAUACAUCCUUAGGCCACAAAUGUCUCAAGACAAAAGUCAAAAUAUUAGCAUUUGCGGAUGACAUGGCCAUACUGUCUGAUUCCAAGAAACAACUCCAAGAGGAGUUGGCAAGAAUGGAUGACGAUUGUACCCCACUCAAACUCAUAUUCAAACCUAGCAAAUGCGCUAGUUUGAUAAUUGAGAAGGGCAAGGUACGACCCGAAGCACAAAUAAUGCUAAAGGGUGAAUCCAUUCGAAAUCUCUCUCCAAAAGGCACUUACAAAUACCUGGGGGUCCAAACAGGAGUUGAGACUAGAAUAUCAGAGCUCGAAUUGCUGACCAAAGUCACAAAAGAGCUGGAGAAGGUAAACACAAGCGACCUGACUCCACCACAGAAACUCGACUGUGUCAAAGCUUUUGUGCUACCAAAAUUGACGUAUAUGUACGCCAAUUCGGUACCAAAGAUGACAGAGUUGGGCCAAUUUGCCAACAUGACCAUGAGGGCAGUAAAGGUUAUGCACUCAAUCCCAGUACGAGGAUCCCCGCUAGAGUAUAUCCAAAUACCAACUAGUAAAGGUGGACUCGGCGUUGCGUGUCCAAGAAUAACCGCAGAAAUCACUUUCUUAGUGUCCACAAUGAAAAAACUGUGGUCCUCAGACCAGUACAUCCAAAGAUUGUACCGGGAAUAUCUGGAAGAAGUGACCCGAAUCGAAACGGGCAAAGAUCAAGUUACCCUAGGUGACAUGGCAGCCUAUCUCAGCAACGAGAUACCAAUAGAUAUAAAGGCGUUCGGUUUCAGUUGUUUCACAAGACUACGCGAAGUGUGCAAUAGUUUGUGGAAAAUAAAGUCCGCUCCUCUGCAUAAGGUGAAAAUUGUCGAGUUCAAGGGGGACUUGGCAAUCUCCGUACAAGCAAUCGAGAAAGGCAAGGAGAGAAUCUUUACCAAAGAACAUGUAAAGAAACUCCAACAACUGCUAAAAGGAGAAGUGAAUGACGCUCUCUCCCACAGAUUCACGACCGACAAGGUUGUGAAGAGUGAGGUAGUUCGAGUCAUCCAGCAGUAUCCUCAGUGCAACAGCUUUGUCAGAAAAGGUGGCAAAGUGAGUCAAGCAGCACACAAAUUUGUGCACAGGGCUCGCCUCAACUUGUUGUCGUGCAAUUAUAACACGUACGACAACACAAAGUCCAAAGAAUGCAGAAGAUGUCAUUAUGAGAAUGAAACUCAGUGGCACAUCCUACAAAGUUGCACUUUCGGACUCCCGAAAAAAAUCACUGAAAGACAUGACGCAGUGCUCAUGAAAGUGAAAAAACUCAUCGAAGCUGGUUCAAAGAAAGACUGGAAACUGAAAAUAGAUCAGGAAAUACCAGGAUUCACCAGACUUCGACCAGACAUCUACAUGAGAAGUCCAGAUGGAAAAGAAAUCAUCAUGGCCGAUGUAGCCUGCCCGUAUGAGCAUGGUGUGGAAGCCAUGAAAAGAAGCUGGGACAAAAAGGUUCAGAAGUACUCUGACGGUUUCAGCAAUCUCAAGGCUCAGGACAAAAAGCUUACUGUCCUACCAAUAAUAGUUGGAUCUCUCGGAAGUUGGUGGAAACCAACAACCGACAGUCUGAAAAAGCUGGGAAUAGAGGAUACAGUGAUCAAGAAAGUGAUUCCUGAAUUGUGUUCUACAGUACUAGAAUACAGCAAGAACGCUUAUUGGAACCACAUCUUCGGAGACUCCUACACGGAAAUCCCGCUGAAAUUUGGUGAUGAGAAACCAAAAGGCAACUCCUGGAAAAAGGAUCGACCGAAACAUGCUCCGACCAUUCCGGGGACGUAG